AUGCCAAAAGAGGAGCAAUACACAUGGAUUUGGGCUUUGAUAUUUGCAUUUUCCGCACCUGAGGUCUUAACCUUUUUUCGUUCCUUGCGGAUUUGCAUUUUCAAGGACGUGAAGUCACCCACGUGGUUGGAGUUUAUGCUGGUCUUAUUUUUUGAAAUUUUACAUACCAUAGGGAUGGCAAUAUUUGUGUUUUUCGUGAUGCCUCAAUUGGAUUCCGUGAGAACAUUAAUGCUUUGUAAUGGGGUUUGUUUUAUACCGAGUAUUCUGAGCAUUAGGCUGGACAUUCAUCUGGAUUGGCAUUCCAUUAUCUCCUUAACAAUGAGUAUUUUGGCGAUUCUUGCUCAAGUUAGUGCAUUUACAGUAUGGCCCACAUUUUCCUCCACUCUGGCUGUACAGAUGAUGGCUCUGCCGUUAAUAUUUGUUUCAGUGCGCUGGUGGGAAAACUAUACUUCUUCAUAUCCUUGUUUGGCACAUAUAAUGAACACUUUUCGGCGCAGUCGUUCAAGAUAUCAGACUUAUAUUUAUCUUUCGCCUUUGAAAAUCGUCGUGUUUUCACUAAUUGGGUUUUGCUUCCAUGGCCAACGCAUCAUCGAUUAUUUCUCUUCGUUUAUGAACGCCUGGCAGUCGCAUGAAAUUCUAGUUCAACUAGGAGAGGUGAGCUCCGAUUCAAUAUCUCUCCAACGCAAUGUAACACAUCCCUCACGUACUUUUACAAUUUCAACCAAUGCCAGUACAGCCAUAUACGUUCUGUUACUGCAAGUGUGCUCUUCAUAUUUAUGCUAUAUCUGCGCAAAAUUUGCCUGCAAAAUAAAAAUUCAGGAAUUUAGCUUUGCACUGCCGUUUAGCUUGGUCGGUCCCACUUCUAUUGCAAUCGCUUUGUGGAUCUCAUUGACGCGCGGGGCGAAUGUGUGUGCCUUUCAUGCUUUUUUCCCCGAUUAUUUGUCACUAAUAGGAAAUGUACAUCACGAGUUUACUGGCAGUAUUGUCGCGAAUAAUCUAUGGAUAUGGCCAUUAUGGUGGCUUUCGCAGCUGUGGGUAACGCGACACAUUUGGCGUCCACGAAAUGAAAAAAAUGCACCAACAGAAAAACUGUUCAUAUGUCCAUGGUAUUGCGGUUUUUUGGUGGAUCAGUGCAUAGCAAUGAAUCGGCGUAUCAUCGAUUUCAAUGAAGAGUCUUUAUCAAGAAAGGACGAACUGUCUUCGGGUUCACUGACAGAUGUUACGGAAAGCGACAAAAUACCCCAAUUGAUUGUGUGUGCAACAAUGUGGCAUGAAACUCAAGAAGAGAUGAUGGAAUUUUUGAAAUCAAUUGUUCGACUGGAUGAGGAUCAGUGUGCACGGCGCAUGGCGAAAUUACACAUCAACGUGGGUAAACCAGACAAUGAGUACUACGAGUUAGAGACAAACAUAUUCUUCGACGACGCGUUUGUGCUCGACGAAAGAUUGAGUGAGAAUCCCCGAAAUCCUCCGAUGAACGAAUAUGUAAAAACCUUAAUCAUUAGCAUUGAAAAGGCUUGCUUCGAGGUAUAUGGUGUCAACUUGAAAAUAAAGCCCCCAGUGAAGACUGAAACUCCUUACGGUGGUCGACUAGUCUGGACAUUGCCGGGUCGGUCGAAAAUGAUAGCUCAUCUAAAAAAUAAAGACAAAAUCAGACACAAGAAGCGCUGGUCUCAGGUCAUGUACAUGUAUUACUUACUUGGUUUUCGAAUAAUGGAACUAGAUGGUAUAUCUGCGCGACGUAAGGCAGUUAUCGCAGAGAACACAUUUCUUUUGGCAUUGGAUGGUGAUAUUGACUUCCAACCGCAAGCCGUUCAGCUUUUAAUUGAUCGCAUGAAAGCCAUAGAGGAGUUGGGGGCAGCUUGUGGACGUAUUCAUCCAGUUGGACGUGGACCUAUGGUAUGGUACCAAAUCUUCGAAUACGCGAUAGGUCAUUGGCUUCAGAAAGCUACAGAGCACGUCAUUGGCUGUGUGCUCUGUAGUCCCGGAUGUUUUAGUCUAUUUCGUGGCAGCGCACUUAUGGAGAAUAGUGUGAUGAAAAAGUAUACAACAGUAUCGAAUGAGCCGAUGCAUUAUGUGCAGUACGAUCAGGGUGAGGAUCGAUGGUUAUGCACACUGAUUUUGAAGCAAGGUUUACGCGUCGAAUAUUCUGCAGCAUCGGACGCUUACACACAUUCACCUGAGAUGUUUAAUGAGUUUUAUAAUCAGCGACGACGUUGGGUACCAUCCACAAUUGCCAAUAUAUUUGAUUUGUUAUCUGAUGCGGAUACGGUGGUGAAGAACAAUAGUUCUAUUUCAAUGCCGUACAUUGCCUAUCAGGCAAUGUUAAUGGUUGGUACAAUUUUGGGGCCUGGGACUAUAUUCUUGAUGAUGGUCGGCGCAUUGGUAGCUGUGUUUAGUAUAAACAUUUGGAGCUCUUUUUUGUGGAACUUCAUUCCCGUGUUAUGCUUUAUAUUGUCAUGCAUUUAUCUAAAGCAGAAAUUCCAGCUUUUAAUAGCAUUUGUAAUAAGUUCAAUGUACUGCCUCGUAAUGAUGGCAGUUUUGAUUGGGAUAAUCGUACAAAUGAUAGAGGAUGGACCUUUGGCACCGGCAUCGUUAUUCUUUCUUUUGGUGUUUAUGCAAAUUUUUAUUGCAGGCGUUGUCCAUCCCCAAGAAGUCGGUGCGUUGAUUUGUGGAUUUAUUUAUUACAUCACUAUCCCCUCCAUGUACAUGCUGCUUCUUAUUUAUUCCGUUUUUAAUAUGAAUGAUGUGUCAUGGGGUACAAGGGAAGUGGCUGUAAAAAAGGAUGACGACAUUGGUGUAGUGCCUGGUGAUAUUGAAGACGCUAGUCGGGAGUAUUUGCCUGGUUGGGUAAACGACCCAUUAUUAGUCGACUCAGAAUUGGGCGAGAUAUCACUUAAAGAAAAGCGCUUCUGGAAGGAUUUGAUUAAACUUUACUUGCGCCCAAUGUUUCAUACAAAGGAAAAGAAAGCGGAAAUUGCUGAAAGCCUGCGAGAAUUGCGUAACAUGUUCGCAUUUGCUUUUAUAAUGAUUAAUUCCCUUUUUGUGCUGAUUGUUUUCUUACUUCAACUGAAAAAAGAUUAUUUGCAUCUUGAAUGGCCAAUCGAUCCGAUUGAUUACAUAACAUACGAUGACACAAAUUCCCAGAUUUACAUAUAUCGACGUCAUAAAGAGCUGGAUCCAAUCGGUUUAUGCUUCGUUGUAUUUUUUGGCUUGAUUUUAAUUAUACAGUUCAUCGCAAUGUUUUUCCAUCGUUUUGCAACUAUAUCGCAGCUAUUAGCCACAACUCAAUUAAAUUGGUUUCGAGCGCCAAGCACAGUAACGGACGAAGACGCAGCACAGGAAAUAGGAGGAAACGCUGUAAAUAUCGCCCGCCAAUUGCAACGACCCAAACGUUUUGACGACGAAUAUGAGGAUUCCCCAUUAGAGGACGGAGAUGACUUGAAUGGGGAUGAUAACAACGAUAAGCAUAAUAGCCUGGUUCGUCGACAUACAAUUUACAAAUUGCAUGAAAGUCGGAAUAAAACACAGCACGAUUACAGCGAUUUGCCAAGAAAUUUUGAACGGCGCUUUUUGGGCGAAGACGAGAUAAAGGUGAAACAUAUUUCGAUGAGCAGAAAGUCCCGUAUGAUGUUGAAUGAGAGGCGUAGUUCAGCAAAACGUCGAUUAACAGAGCAAGCACAGCGCAAUACGGAUUUUAAUAAACAUCCUGUACCUUUUGUGGAAACUGGAUACACAAAUAUUGCUUUUGAGCCUACAAGUAGCAUAAUUUCCAAUAAUUUCUCGAAUGGCUUAAGCGAUUGGUAGACUUGAUAUAUCGUAGAAAUAUACAAGGAUUUAUUAUGUGGAUUUUAGA